UCAAACAUUUUUGCAUAUCACUUAUCCACUGAAGAUAUCAUCCAACUCCUCCGACAAUUAUAUGGGUGAUGAUGAUGAGAGCAUUCAGGUUUACAAUCUUACCAUAAAUCAGAAGUUGUACACAGUCCACCUGAAACAACAAUCCUUUUUGCCGAACGAUUUUAUGAUUUAUACAUACAACGCUGCAGGCUUUGUGCAACCCAAUUCCCCACAAAUUCAGAAUGAAUGCUACUAUCAAGGGCAUAUCCAAGGGUUCCCCAACUCUGUGGCAAUACUCAGCACUUGCUCUGGACUCAGAGGACUGCUACAGUUUGAGAAUAUCAGCUAUGGGAUUGAGCAUCUGGAAUCCUCAACUACGUUUGAGCACCUAAUUUAUGAAAUAAACAGCAAAAAUGUCGUAGGCCCACUUUGGACAGAAAAUCCCACCGAUGUAGACAACCAAAUGAUGACUGGACAUGCAUCUUAUAAGCUGCUUUCAGAUACUGUGCCACUGUCAGAUACUACUAAAAGCCACAGGUACAUAGAAGUCUAUGUUGUUCUGGAUAAGGAUUUGUUCAACUAUAUGGGUGGAAACCCUGAUUACGUAACUCAGAACAUCGUGCAGGUUAUCGGCUUUGUUAAUAGUAUGUUUGCUGACAUUAAUGUAACAAUUGUACUUUCCUCUUUGGAGUUCUGGACAGACUAUAAUAAAAUCUCUGUUGUAGGAGAACCUGAUGAAUUGCUCCAGAGGUUUUUACAAUGGACAAAUUCAUACCUUGUUCUGCGACCGCAUGAUCUGGCCUUUUUGUUUGCUUACAGAGAGAAGCCAAAUUAUGUGGGAGCAGCUUUUACAGGGAAAUUGUGCCUCCGAAACUUUGAUGCGGGAGUCGCUCUGUAUGAAAAGGCAGUAACUUCGGAGACGUUUUCUGUCAUUCUGGCCCAGCUGCUGGGUUUCAACCUGGGGAUGGAAUAUGAAGACGGCAAAGAGUGCAAAUGCCCAGGACACAUCUGUAUAAUGCACACAGAUGCAGUUAAUUCAAAUGGAAUUAAGAAAUUCAGCAGCUGCAGCAUUGCAGACUUCCAAAAUUUUAUUAAGUUCAGAAGCGCCCCUUGCCUUUCUAAUCGGCCAAAUUUAAAAUUAUACACUAAGAAGAGGAUGGCAAAUGGCAAACCGGCUUGUGGGAAUGGUAUUUUGGAACCUGGAGAGAAAUGCGAUUGCGGCACCCCUGAGUUUAAACCAAGAAACACAAUAUGUAGACAAGCAAAGGACAAGAACUGUGAUUUUCCUGAGUACUGCAACGGGAGUUCAGCUUCCUGCCCGGUCAAUGUUUAUGUUCAGAAUGGCUUCAGUUGUGCUUCGGACACCGGCUUCUGUUAUGAUGGAUCCUGUCAGUCAGCUGACCUGCACUGCCAGGAGCUCUUUGGAAUACGGUCAAGAAAUGCUCCGCAAGUGUGUUACGAAGAAGUGAAUAGCCAGACCGAUAGAUUUGGACACUGCGGCCUUGAUGGAAAAAAGAAAUUUAAGACUUGCUCUUUUCGGGAUAUCAGAUGUGGAAAGUUACUUUGCAUGUAUCCCUACGAAACUCCUUUUACUAAAAUAAAUGUUCCCGUCUUGUAUACCCCGGUGAAGGACGCUGUCUGUGUGUCUUUGGACCUUAAACAGCCAGAAGGCACACCAGACCCUAUGAUGGUGAAGGAGGGUACAAAAUGUGGACUUGGUAAGGUUUGCAUCAGACAAAUAUGUGAAAAUUAUGACAUUCUCAAGUAUGAUUGUGAUCCUCUGAAAAAAUGCUCAGGGCAUGGUGUGUGCAACAACAAAAGAAAUUGCCACUGUAACCCAGGAUGGGCUCCUCCAGACUGCAGAAAAAAAGGGAAUCCACUGGGAGGGAGUCUUGAUAGCGGAUUUCGACAUCUGGAAUCAGAUAUUGCAGAAAAGGCCAUGGAAGACAAGAUGCGGACAUGGAUCCUGCUCAGCAUUUUUCUCUUCCUGCCCAUUAUUAUUGGGAGCACCAUUCUGGCUGUGAAGUGGAAGCGUAUCAACAAGUAUUGCUUGGAAGAUGAUGAACUGGAAGAAGAUUCGGCAUCGUAUUCUAGAUCGGAAGAGAGUAGCACGACAGACAAAACAAGUUUCAGCCAAACAGACCUGAUGUGAAGGGAGGAAAAUCGCACAGCUGCUCUCCAAGCAAGAAAGGAGAAAGCGAGAUCAUUACACGUCUAUGUAUUACCAUAUGCCAUAUAAUAAAUCAUCAUUUGCAUGUA